AACCGGAUGAUCUGAUGACGUGGUGUCGAUCAGUCAGCUGCGCGAGAGGAUGGCGGACCAGAACAGGCAAAUUAAACUCGCUGCAGCCAAGAAAAAGCUAAAGGAGUUUCAGCAGAAGACCACACCAUCUACAGGAAGUGCUGGACCAAAGAAGAAGAGGAAAGUCAAAGGGGGAGAUCAGCCUGAUACACCUGCUGACAGACACUCGCCAGACAAUAUUGAGAAUAUUCUCAAAGUUCUGGUGUCUGACUUAAGUAUGACUAAUGGUGUUUCUCAGCCUCCAUUUGUCAACAGCAGUCAGGAUCAUGUGGAUGUGGUGAACCGGGUCUCUCAGGAUCUGGAGGAGACCAGCGCUGAACCUGAGCGUAACCUCGCUUCUGCUAUUAACACUGAGUGUGUCGCUGAUAACGCUGUCCUGCAGCAGAAAACAGCAGAUUCAAAUGGUGAUCAACAUCAUGUGGAAGAAAAAAGGCCGUUCUCAUCUACAGAGAGUUUGAGACAGCUCUCACAGCAGCUCAAUGGACUUCUGUCUGAAUCAACGACAUACGUCAACGGGGACAGCGGAUCGCCAACUAUCAGUGAGAAAGAACUGGAGACUCGCAACCAAGAGCUGGCAGCUGCGCUGGACUCCAGCACGGUGACAAACACACAGCUCUCAGCCAAACUCGAGACACUGACGAAGCAGUCUCAAGAGCUUUCUGAACAACUGCAGAAGGAGCGUAAAGAAUUUGAGCAGAAAUUUAAUAAAGAACAGGGCGCGAUGCGUGAACAGCUACAGGUUCACAUUCAGACCAUCGGCAUCCUCGUGUCAGAGAAAUCCGAGCUACAAACGGCCCUGUCUUACACACAGCAGGCAGCACGACAGAAAACAGGUGAGGCAGAGGAUCUGAACUCAAGGCUUCAUGCUAGUAAACAACGAGUAUCUGAACUUGAAAGAACAUUAUCUACUGUCUCUACACAACAGAAACUCUUUGAGAAGCAUAAUAAAGAACUUGAAAAGGAGAGAGACAGUUUACGAUUAGAAGUCCUCAGAUUUAAUAAUUUGAGUGAGGAUUCGAGGCAGCAGAAUUCUGAACUCUCUGAGCAGCUCAAGCUGAGAUUAAAUGAGAACAACGUCAUGAAACUGGAACUGGAUGAACUGCGGAAGCGUCUGGAGAUGGCCGACGUCAUGCUGCAACAGUUCUCCAGUCAGUCUGGUCCUCAGUCAGAACACCAGCAGGUUCAACUUCUCCUUGAAGAGAAAAACCAGUUAGAGACUCGCACUGCUCAGUUGAUGGAGUCAGUCGCUCAGCUGCAGGUAGAGAGAGAUCAGUACGCUGUACAGAUACAAGAGGAAGGACGAGUGUGGAAAGAUAAGACUGAACAACUACUGUCACAGGUGCGUGUGAUGUCAGAGGAGAGGGACAGCAGUGCAGCUCAGAUUCAAGAGCUGCAGGAGAAGAUCACAGAAAUGGAGAACGCUGCAGCUGUGAUGAGUAAAGAGCAGGAAGCUCAGUCAGUGUCACAGAUCUCGGGGCCAUCAGAAACUGAACUGGCACUUCAGGAAACCAUCAACAGCCUUCAACAGGAGAGAGAUGCUCUCAGUCUACAGUACCAAGCACAGGUGCGAGACAAUGAGCAGCUGAGUCGACUGGUUCAGGAACAGGAGAUGAGGCUGGAGGAACUGGAGAGACUAGCUGAGCGCGCGGCUGAAGACACUCAAGAUCGAUUGCGCAUUCUAGAGGACGUACAGAGCGAUAAAGCAACUAUCAGCCGCGCGCUCGCACAAAACAGAGAACUCAAAGAUCAACUGGCCGAAUUUCAGAACGGCUUUGUUAAGCUUACCAAUGAAAACAUGGAGCUGACCAGCGCUCUUCAAUCAGAGCAGCACAUCAAGAAAGAGAUUGCUCGUAAAAUGGGUCAACUGCAGGAAGAUCUGCACAAUGCCAAAGAACAACUGCUGGAGAAGUCGCAGGAAGUGACAUCAGUGCAGGAGCAGAGAGAUCAGUAUCUGGCUCAUCUGCAGCAGUACACAGCUGGAUAUCAGCAGCUCGUGUCUGAGCGAGAACAUCUGCACAAGCAGUUCCUGCAGCAGGCGCAGCUGAUGGACCGACUGCAGCACGAAGAGGUGCAGGGCAAAGUUCAGCUGGAGCAGAGUCACCUGCAGCUGCAGCAGGCGCAGGAGAAGUUGAAUGAGCUGGCCAGAGACAAUGAAGAGUUGAAGACUGAAGUGCAGGAACUGUUGAACAGCUCCACACUGAAUCCAUCACUCCGAGAUCAGGGUGAUGGGCUGGAAAGCCAGUCACUCCCAGAGAGCUUCCAGAAAUCCCAGAUAGUCAUUCCAGAGGACUUUGAAAGCAAAGAAGAGAUGGAGGAGUUUGUGCAUUCUGCUCUGACACGUCUAGAGGAUGAGCGAGAUGAGAUGAGCCAGCGGUUUGAAGAAGAGAGGAGACUUCAUCAAGCUGUGCGGCAACAGAUGGCCGCCAUGAGGCAAGAGCAGCAGCAUCAUCAUCAUCACAGUACACCUGCAGAGACAGGAUGCUCUGAUGGUGUUCCAGUGGAACUUCAUGAGGCUUUGCGUUUUGCUAUGGAGAAGCUUCAGGAGCGUUUCACAACUGUUAUGCAGGAGAAGGUGGAUCUGAAGGAGAGGCUGGAAGAACUUGAGCAUCGCUGUAUCCAGCUCUCUGGAGAAACAGACACUAUUGGUGAAUACAUUGCACUGUAUCAGAACCAGAGAGCCAUCAUGAAGCAGAGACACUUUGAGAAAGAGCAAUACAUCAACACCCUGGCCAAAGACAAAGAGGAGAUGAAGGCUAAGUUAGCAGAGCUACAGGACCUGGUGAUGCGUUUGGUGGGUGAGAGAAACGAGUGGUACAGCAGAUACAUGAGUGCCAUCAGUAAUCCAGACCUGCUGUCCGCUGGAGAAGACCACAUUCACCCUGCAGAGAGACGCGAGGAGCUCAACGGAGACAGCCCAGCGAUUAUGGACAUAAGCUCAGCUGUUGAUCUUCAGUCUUCAGCACCUCGGUCCAGCACAGACCCUGAGAUUCAGUACCAGAUUUCUGAGAGACCAGGAUCUGGACCAGAUGUCUCAGCCGGCCCGUCUCUGAGACCCAAAGAAGACGGCACUGCCCGUCAGAUCAUGCAGCUUCUGCAGGAGAUCCAGAACCCUCAGGCCAGAACCCCUCCCUUUCUGGGUGAAAACCCCUGCAUCCCGUUCUUCUACCGGCCCGAUGAACAUGAUGAAGUGAAGAUCUUGGUGGUCUGAUAAACGUCUGUUUCUCCUGUUUCGAAUCUCUAUCUGUCAGUCUCACGAGACGAAUCGAAAUCUAUUGACCUGAUCUUUUCUGAUUGGGAUCUUUUGGGGGAUAUGGACACAGAUUUUAAGGGUGUUUGGGGUUUUUCCUCCUCGUCUCUCUGGUUUCUAGAGUAAACAAAAUAAAUGUUAUGCUAUCUGGACUUCUGAAGACCUUUGACAUUUGGUUCUAGGUAUAAACUAGGUGUUCUUUAAACAAUAUUGGUUCUUGCUGCUCCUGUAUGCUUUGCCUGAUUGUUUUUUUCCUUAUCAUUAAGGUUCAAUGAUUCAGAUAUAUAUUAUGUCCAGUCAGUUGGAUUUGGUCCUAAAUGUUAACAGCAAUGGUUCUGGGACAGGCAAACAAGACUGAUAAAUACACACUAAAUAUGGUUUGAUAAGGAAUAUGAUUGAUUUGAUAGAGCAGAUUUGGAUGGUGAUUUCUGAAAGAAUCAAAUAAUGAAACGUUUGUUUGCUCACAAAGCAGGUAGGGCAAAGUAUUGAAAAGGUGAUGGAAUGUAGAAUCAGAACUAGGAACUGAAUCAGAACUUGGAACUGAAUCAGAAGUAGAAAAUUUGACAUUCACAAAUAGUUUGGUUUGUGCUAUGCAGAAUUUCAGUUCAUGAAUUGCUUGAACAGGAAAUUUGAGAAUCAAAACUAGAAAACUGGAUAAGAACUAGGGAAUGAAUCAGAACUACAAACUGAAUCAGAACUAGGGAAUGAAUCAAAACUAGGGAAUGGAUCAGAACUACAAACUGAAUCAGAACUAGGGAAUGAAUCAAAACUAGGGAAUGGAUCAGAACUACAAACUGAAUCAGAACUAGGGAAUGAAUCAAAACUAGGGAAUGGAUCAGAACUACAAACUGAUUUAGAACUAGGGAAUGAAUCAGAACUAUAGAAAUGGAAUCAGAACUAGGAACUGAAUCAGAACUAUGGAAUGAAUCAGUACCACAAACUGAAUCAGAACUACGAACUGAAUCAGAACUAGGGAAUGAAUCAAAACUAGGGAAUGGAUCAGAACUACAAACUGAUUUAGAACUAGGGAAUGAAUCAGAACAAUAGAAAUGGAAUCAGAACUUGGAACUGAAUCAAAACUUAGAACUGAAUCAGAAUUUGGAACUGAAUCAGAACUAGGGUAUGAAUCAGAACUUGGAACUGAAUCAGAACUAGGGAAUGAAUCAGAACUAUAGAAACUGAAUCAGAACUAGGAACUGAAUCAGAACUAGGGAAUGAAUCAAAACUUGGAACUGAAUCAGAACUAGGGACUGAAUCAGAACUUGGAACUGAAUCAGAACUAGGGUAUGAAUCAGAACUAGGGAAUGAAUCAGAACUUGGAACUGAAUCAGAACUUGGAACUGAAUCAGAACUAGGGAAUGAAUCAAAACUUGGAACUGAAUCAGAACUUGGAACUGAAUCAGAACUAGGGAAUUAAUCAGAACUUGGAACUGAAUCAGAACUAGGGACUGAAUCAAAACUUGGAACUGAAUCAGAACUUGGAACUGAAUCAGAACUAGAAAUUUUACAGAUUCACAAAUCGUUUGGUUUGUGCUGUGCAGACUUUCAGUUCAUUAAUUGUUUGAACAGGAAAUGUGAUAAUCUUAAUAUGCAGUUUAAGAAUUACAUUGUUGUUCAACUAAUAUGAACCGAGGGUUUGCGACGGGGGAAAAAAACUCACCAGUUAAAGUUCACAAUGUUUCAUGUAAUGCCACUAAUUGUCAGGGUUGUUUAUGGCUUUCAGUUGUAUUUUCACUGGGCAUUAUUUAGUUUAAUACUGAAGGAAUUGAUUGACAGAUAUAAUUAAUGAUUUCUCCCCUACAGACACACACACACACACAAGCACCUUGUGUUAGUCUAGAAUGUGUGACCCAUCAAAUCAAAACCUUGAAGAUAUUUGAUUGAUAUUUAUAAAGAGACUUGAUGGUUGUUUGUGGCUAACUCUAUGAUGCUAGCUGUGUGUCGGCUGAGAGUUUGUGUGGUUUUGAUGUUAAGUGAGUGAUCGACUGUUUAAAUGAGUGCACAAGUUUGAGAGUUGUACAUAUAUUACAGAUAUCAGAGUUUGUAAAGAUUCCUUUCACAUGAGCAAGACUUAAAGAGUGACUUAAUCCCCAAACAUCUUUCAUCAGAGUCAAGUUGGCCCUCAGAAACUUUCAAGAGAAUUAUGGGUGUUUAGAAUCAACUGGAUUCGGAAAUAUUGUCUACGAAGCCUUUAUGUAAUGCAUUAUAAAGCGUAUUAUAUACCUUAACAGUUGUGUGUUUUCAUAAAUAAUUACCACAGUUAUCAUACAUGUAUCCUCCUGGUAUAUACACUUCAAAUAAUCAUUUGUCUUAUUUUCCAGUAAAAAUAUUUAAACAUUCUUAAAACAAGAUCAAUUUACACGAGAAGCAAAAUGACAUAUUUUGUCUUAUUUUCAGAGACAUCUAAUGGACUUUAGUAAAGUUUAUCCCUUUAAUAAGAAACAUCUAUUUGGGGGUAAGAAUGGGGGUAAAAAAAUAUAAUAUAUAUAUAUAUAUAUAUAUAUAAAAAGUCUUACCCCAUUGUCAAAUAUUUUUUUCUUGUUUAAAGCAUAAACCUCGCCAAAUGUUUUAAGAUUUAAUGUCAUUCUGCUUCUCAAGUAAUUAUUUCAUGUUUUAAGAUUUCUUUUUGUGAUAAUUUUACUGUAAAAUAAGACAAAAAAUACUUUUCUUCGCAGUGUAGUUAUGCUUUUAAAAAGUGUUAUGCAUUAAAAUAUAUGAUCAUGUGUUUAUAUGUAAUGUAUUAUCAUGUUACACCUGUAAAGAGGAUGAUACAAUAUAACCGAUGAUAACACAUUAUGUAACACAUGAAACUGAAAAAUAAGUGUUAUAAUGUAUUAUAACUGAGGUUAGUGUAAUGUGUAAUGUAUUAAUAAUAGCUUUAUAAUGCAUUAUAUUUAUAAGCUUCAUUGUGUUAUGUAUUUAUUGUUUAUUUUCACCUGCAGAAGUUCAGAAAAGUGAAUAAAGCAUAUUAUCAUAUAACUGGAACAUGUUUUGGACGAGGAUAAUUAUGAGUUUACAUCUGAAUACUGUUUGUUCUUCACUAAGACUGUAUUUUACCCCACUAGCUGGAUCAGGUGAACUCUAAAGCACUUUUAUUAUUCGGAGCUUAUGCAACAUUUAUCUCUGCAUUUUCUUUGAAUAGCUUUUAUAGUUAUUAUUAAUUUGGGGGUGGGCUUUAAUCAAUCUUUAACAACAACACAAGUUAUUUUGAUUUUAAGAAACAAACUACUUUAGAGAAAAAAUUUGCUUGUUAAUGUAACCGUGUAAAUAGUGUAACUGUGUAUCAUACUGUAUAUUCAUGUGGGGAGAAGGAUGAAAGUAAUGCUUACCUUUGCCUGCUGAAGAUAAACAGAUGAAUAUAGUGGUGAGAAAAGACACGCUCGUGGCGAGAAGAGAGAUCUGUGUCUGUGAUUUCAUACUAAAGGAGAAUUCUAUUUAUUUGGAAUAAUUACCUACACUAAUCUGUUUUUAAUUUAGUCUGUCGAAACACAAUGAAGGAAUAAUUUCAGCGGAAAUAUUUCAGAUAUUAAUGAUUUUCCUCCUAAUAAACCUGAUUGAGCAAAAUGG